AUGGCCAGGGACUCAGUGUGGGAGCGCGCGGAAGGGAAAAACUGCUGGGGGAUGGCGGCAAGGGAGUGCGACUCCUGUAAGGAGUCGCCGGCGCUUCUCUUCUGCCGGGCAGACUCCGCGUUCCUCUGCGGCAUCUGCGACGCGAAGGUCCACGGCGCCAACAAGUUCGCUUCCCGCCACGAGCGGGUGUGGAUAUGCGAGGUCUGCGAGCAGGCGCCAGCCGCCAUCACCUGCAAGGCCGACGCUGCCAUGCUCUGCGUCGCCUGCGACGCCGACAUCCAUUCGGCCAACCCACUCGCCCGCCGCCACGAGCGCUUCCCCGUUGUGCCCUUCUACGAGUCCCCCACCGCGGCCACCGCCACGCUCAAGUCUACCAGCGGGCCGGAUCUCCUCAGGCCAUCCGAUGACAACGACGACGACUGCGGCGGCAACGAGACUGAGCCCUCGUGGGUUCUCCCCAAUCCCUACCCUGUUAAGAAGGAUCAUCUCCGGAAGGUCCCUGCGGAGGUUCCGGAGCUGAAAACUGUGGAGUACUUGUUUUCCGACGUCGACCCAUACCUCGACCUCGACUACUCCUCAUCCGUGGAUCCCAGAUACGACCAGACGGACAGCGUCGUGCCUGUCCAGGCCAAGGUUGCUGCCGUCGCUUCUCCUGUGCCCACGUUGAUUGCUGCCGACGGCCUCAUCGACUUUGAUUUCUACAGACCGAAGCCCUCCUACGGCGGUAACAGCGUAAGCACUCUGGCAACAAGGAAUCCCUAUUGCAAUAAUUCGGUGACGAUUAACUCCUGAUUACGGUGAAUUAUCUGUGGUCACUGCAGAUAUCGUCUUCGGACGCGGGGGUGGUGCCAGACGCGAGUGUGAUGACCGACAUAACGUACCCCUAUGGCAGGACAAAUGGGCCGCCGCCAGCGGGGGAGCCUGACCGGGAGGCGCGGCUGAUGAGGUACAGGGAGAAGCGGAAAAGCCGCAGGUUCGAGAAGACGAUCCGCUACGCGUCCCGUAAGGCUUACGCGGAGACGAGGCCCCGCAUCAAGGGGCGGUUCGCCAAGCGGACGGAGAACAGUGGUGACGCAAUCUGCGGCGGCGCCGCCGACCUUAUGGUAGACAGCGAGUACGGUGUCGUCCCAUCCUUCUGA